UGUGUCCCCGAGUAAGCCUUCUGGCGACACCGUGUUCCGUUUUACAAAUAGGCAGCAAUGCAGAGUCAGUAACGCAGCCUAAAGUUAGGUGGAAGGGAGCCUCCGAUGUACUCUGCAUUUAGGAUUUUUUUUACUCGGCAGUUAUCAGUGAGGACGGCGUCUUUAAGAAUACAGCAGGGUUUUAAAGAUAUAUUCUGUUCAAAGGAUUACAAAAUUAAGUGCUUCCGUGACUUAAAUAUAAAGUUAAGAUGGCUACUGUUUUCUGAAUAAACUAUCCAAACCAGAAAUUGGAAUUCUUAUCAAAAUGUUUUCUGGUUCAUCUUCAUCUGCCCCAGCAAAAAACACUUCUACUGUUGCAUUUGCUAUUCACAAUAUCUGCCAUCGACUAACUAGAAGAUCACAGGGAUUUUAUACCAAAGAUGCUGGAACUGUUUAUAGGAAAAACAUGGGUCUCUUGAGGAACCUAAUAUGCCAGGAGACAACAACAUUCAAGAAUGUUUGGACUAUACAUUCUUUAUCUCCAAUUUCUUAUCACAGUGGAAAAAUUUAUCUUGAUAAUUACCGGCAUUGUGUGAGCUGUAUUAUACCAAGAACGAUUUAUCAAAUGCCAAGAUGUCCUACCUCAGAAAAAAUAGAAGAUGCUUUAUUUUUGGAAUGCCCGAUGGGGGAAAUGUUGCCCAGGCCUUCAGACUACAAGCCUUCUUGGGCAGCUGUGACCGCUCACAACUGGCUUUUCCGUCUGUCUGCAAAUACAGGAGAGAUACUUGAAAAGGUGUACCUUUCUUCCCACUGCAAAUUCAGGUACUUAAGUUGGGACAUGCCUCAAGAGGUCAUGGCAAUAAAGUCAACUCAAGUAAAACGCUCAGCAGCUGCACGACAGACAGGCAUCCAGCAAUCUGUACUGUACUUUCUUGCUAUAUUCAAAGUUUGGCCACUUUCAUUUGUGGGUAUGCUGGAGCUUGACAAAAAGAUCUUUGGAAAUAGCAUGGCAGAUGUUUCAGUAUCUCAUGAAAUGCUGAUUGUAACGCACAGCACAGGUUAUGUCAGAUUGUAUAGCUUCCAGGCAAUCUCUGAACGGUUCAUGGAACACCCGGUGGAUUUGGGACAGGAAUACAGCUGGAAUGGCAACGUUGGGAUUGUGGGAAAAUAUCCUUUUGGCAUUCCAUGUAACAUUAAAAUAACAGACACUCCAGAUCUUCUUUUUGAAGUCUCAUCUCUCGAGAGCGCAUUUCAGAUUGGAGGAUAUCCUUGGCAUUAUAUCAUUACACCUAACAAGAGAAAUCAAGAAGGAAUCUUCCAUGUUUGUUCUUUAAAAGACCACACUUUGGCAAAGAAUGGCAUACAGGAUAUGAAAUGUUGUUCGCUGGAACCUGACAGGAUAUCUUUCCACCCUGACAGUUCAGGAAGGAUGCUACACGUGGGCCCAAAUUUAAUUAAAGUUCUGAAGUUGAAGGAAACUGAAAGUACCAAGCAGCAAGAAGUCACAGAGGAUUUUAUCAUAGAAGCCAACAGGGAAAAUAAGGUGAACAACUCUGUAACAGUAACAGCAUCUGGCCGAAUAGUGAAGAAGCGUUUUAAAUUAUUGGAUGAUGAUCCUGAGCAAGAGACCUUCAAAAUUGUCGACUAUGAAGAUGAACUGAACUUGCUAUCUGUUGUGGCUGUUACUCAGAUAGGAGCUGAUGGGGCAGCUCAUCUUGAUUUCCAUUGUAACGAGCAAGGUAUUCGGUUGAAGAGUUUUCCUUUUGUGGAACCCUGGGAUGUGAUAGACAACCAUGAAGUUCACUUUGAUAGACAUACAGUGCUGCACAUACAACAACAGCGCCACAGGAAAUUCAGCUGUCACGUAUACCAGAUGACCUGCAAUAUUGCAAAAGAUGACUAUGUAUAGAAAGGAAAAAGAAGAGGAUGUGCUUGGUCGAAAACUGGGGUGGGGGGGGGGAUGCUGAAUAUUUUUAGAUUUCACCUUGAUUUGGAGACUUCGUUGUGGGCCAUAUCUGAAGACGUGCAAGUCUCUUUUUAUGCAAUGUAAUAGUAGUAACUAUUCUUCUUUGUAUAAAUGUAAUUCUUUUUUAACUGCUUCUCAGCCUUUGGGAUAAGAUCAAAUGUACUGUAGUAUAAAUUACUUUUAAAUAUUUAUUUUUAAAAACACUCAAACGGCAAAAUUGUAAAUUGCCACAGAUGUGUAUAUAUACUGAAUUUUUUCUAAAAUACAGCUCUUUUGUAUUAAUAUUGGUUGGAGAAUUGUGCAGAAUGCAAAUUCAAACUACAUUUUUGCUGUCAUUAAAAAAAAUGGAAUUUAAAUCAC